GGCAUUUUCAUCCGUUGGUCAUAAUGCCGGCCUUAGCCGGCCGAUUCCGAGCCGUGGAGCUCGAAGCGGGUUGAUUGAUUUGACAAUUCCGAGCGAUCGGAGCGGUUCGACAAUCGGCGUAGACUGCGUCCCUGGGCAAGACCCCACGCGAUCACCGAACAUCUGGUACUCCGAAGUGUACGGAUUUGUUAGUCACCACUCAGUUACCACAGACAUAUCAGAUAGCCGUGGCUUAGAACUUCUUGCUUGCCCCAACCACCAAACACAACAACCCAACCACAACCGAGACGUCCACAAUGACUAAGCCCAUCACCGUCGGCGUUCUCGCCCUGCAAGGCGGCGUAGUCGAGCAUCUCAACCUGCUGCGCAAGGCCGCGACUCACGUCCUCACUUCUCAACCCCAGCCAUCGGCCGACAACGGGAUAGACUUCGCCUUCAUCGAGGUGCGCACCGCGCCGCAACUCGCCCAAUGCGACGCGCUGAUCAUCCCCGGCGGCGAGUCCACCACCAUGGCCAUCGUGGCCCGCCGGCUCGGCCUUCUCGACCCGCUGCGAGACUUUGUCAAGGUGCAGCACAAACCCGUCUGGGGCACCUGCGCGGGGCUGGUGAUGCUGGCGGAGCAGGCGUCGGCGACGAAGCAGGGCGGGCAGGAGCUGGUGGGCGGGCUGGACGUGCGCGUGCUGCGGAACCGGUACGGCACGCAGAUGCAGAGCUUCGUGGCCGGGCUGGACCUCGGGUUCCUCAAGGAAGCGAAGAACGGGGAGGCGGCGGCCGCGCCGUUUCGCGCCGUGUUUAUUCGCGCGCCCGUGGUCGAGGAGAUCAUCGCGGACGGGCGGCAGGAUGGGGGCGAGGGGAAAGGCAAGGCGCCGGUCGAGGUGCUGGGGGUCUACGGUGGGGAGGGAGGCACGGGAGGAGGAGAGGGCAAAGGGGAUAUCGUUGCCGUGAGGCAGGGGAAUGUGUUUGGAACGAGCUUUCAUCCAGAGUUGACGGAUGAUGUCAGGAUACAUGUGUGGUGGUUGCGGCAGGUGGUGGAUGCCGCAAGGCAUGGGAGGUUGGUUCUUAAUGGUGCUUGACCAGAGAGUUAAGGAUGGGUUUAUCAGAGGAGUAGACUAGACGUGUUUUGCGAGUUACAACAAGUUCAACACAAUAGAGGCGCCGGGAAAGGAUAUUUAAUUGCAAAAAAAGGAUCA